GUUGUUUAAAAAGUAUUGAUGAUGUUGGUUUUAUCAUUUAUCACAAAAUUUGCAAAUCCUAUCAGCUUCGUUAAGAACUGACAUUCAGUCUUCAGUCACAUGAAUGUUAAAUUAAUUGAAUAAUGAAUAGGUUAUGUUCUUAUGUAGAUGUUAUUAUGUUCUUAUGUUUAAGAUGUUAAGAUUAUAUCUAUGUUUAAGAUAUAAAUUAAUGGAAUAUUUAUAAUAGCAAUUUACUUUAAGGAAGUUAACUAUAAAAGUAUAAUCUUAUAAAGUUCUCAUUCCUAAAAAAUUGCACUUAACAGAAUUAGUAUUUCAGCUAAAAGACUAUAAAAAUGAAUAUUAUUAAAUCCUGUAUGAAAUAUUACACGGGCUUGUUAAAAACUAAUUUUGUGCUGGUACAAUCAGUUCAAAGCGGACUUCUUUGUGGAUCUGGUGAUGUUAUCGCACAGGUGGUUGCUGAAAGAAAAAAUAUUGAUCUUCAUAGGACUGGAUGUUUUUUAGUACUUGGAUCUUGUUUUAUAGGUCCAGUAAUAACAGUGUGGUACAGAUUUCUUUCAAGAAAAUUAGGAGAUAAAGGCAAGUUUGUAGCAUUAAAGAAAGUGGCAGCAGAUCAACUUCUUUUUGUGCCCCCAUUUCAAAUAGCUCUAAUUUCUACUAUAAACAUAAUACAAGGCCGAAAUUUAGAGUUUACCAAAGAACAAUUAAGGCUUAAAUACACAGACAUUUUAAUUGCGAAUUAUAAACUUUGGCCAGCAGUCCAAAUAGUUAAUUUUUAUUUCGUUCCAUUAAACUAUCAAGUACUGUUGGUCCAAUCUGUGGCAUUGUUCUGGAAUGCUUAUGUGUCAUGGAAGACACAAUAUGGGAUUGUAAAAAACGAUUAGGUAUAAUUUGGAAAAUAUUUUCUUCUCAUAAUGUAUCAUGUGGCAGCUAGUACAUGCAGUCACUGAAGGUGGAUAUGAGCCAUUACACGGUGCCAACUUGCACUUUUACCCUGGGGGUAUAGGGGGUGAAAAUUAUUUUAUUAAAAAUAACCUCAUAAAUCGAUAGAGGAAGAUUCUAAGCAAAAUUUGUUAUAUAAAGUUAUUUAAAUAAAUCAAUUCAGGUCAAUGCAAAAAAAAUGCAGGUUUUAAAGCGGGUUUUCAUAAAUAACUCUAAGACUACAGUUUUUACAAAAAAGUUAUUACAUAUUACUAAAAUAAAGAAACGAUUAUAGGGAUUACUAUAAAUUUUAAUUUUUGCGGAAAUGUCAUAUUAUAUUAUUUUAUUUUUCGCUUUUUCCUAAAAACUUCGAAAGGGUUCUCUCAUUUUCAUCAUAACUUUCUUAAUUUUGAUGCUAUUAAUUUCUUCUGGAGCUUAUUUAAUAGGUAGUAUUCCUCAGUACUUUGACAAGUGUUUAUUAAGUAUAUUUUAUAAAAUGCAUAGUUUUCCCGUUUAGCUUGAAUACUUAGAUUUGAGAACUUGCCAAAAAACAUAUGUUAAAUUACCUAUAACUCACUUGGAAUUAAUAUUGUGGUUUUUCAAAUAAGGAAUUUAUUCGAUAUCUUGUUAUCUUCAAUUUUGGUAAUAUUUAAUAAUUUUUUUGUAAAAACUUACAGUUUUGGAGUUAUUUAUGAAAAACCGCUUUAAAACAUGCAUUUUUUCACAAAAAUUAUAAUCUUUGAUCUUUAAUAACUCAAAAAGUAUUGAUUUAUAGCUGAUAUUAACAAAUUUUACUUAUAAUUUGCCUUCUAUCGAUUUAAGGGCUUAUUUUUAAUACAAUCAUUUUCACCACCGAGAUAAGGUGGACCCCAGGAUAAAAUCGCAAGUUGGCACCAUGCCAUUGUUUCUUGAGGUAUAUUCUAACUACUCACCAAUUUUCAUAAAAAUCGAUGGAGGUUCAAUAAAAUAGUGGAUGAAAACCUUCAGUGACUGCACUAAUCUGGUAAUUCUAGAUUCUUGUUUAUUAAUUUUUUUAAGUUCAUAAUGUACUUCACUUCUUCUAAAAGUUGGAUCUAUUCUAUUAUUUGUUAUAUUCGUUGUUGAUAUAUUUUCCUUACAGUCAUAUUUCCUGAUAUAUUUUUAAUGUACUUUUGAUUAUUUUCUUUCUUUGGGAGAAUUGUUCAAUAAUUGUGUGGCCUACAAGGAUAAAUAAAUCAUUUUGCCUCAUAUAACUUUCCAAAAUGCAAUCCAAAAAAUCUUUUUAGCAUACCUUAUGCCUAAAUUUGUAAGUGUAGCAAAGUUUGUGAAUUUUUUAGAUGAUUAGCAAAAACAUGUGAAAUAACAGUCUUAGAAAGUAUAUCUGAACUAUGUAUUUGCACAAAAUUUUCACACAACAAUAGGAACUAAAAAAUUCGUGACGUCUAGACAUUGCAGUUGCUUGCAAAAGUUAUGGGGCUAUCCUAGUGUAAAAGUACGAAAUUAUUAUACUUUUUUGGGAAUUUCUAAGAUAAAAGUACUCUACCAAUUGUUUUGAAAAUUUGCAUCAGCAUUUAUUAUAAAAAGAAGUACAGUAAAACAAUUUUCAUAAAAAAGUAUUGGAAAUUAAAUGAUUUUUGCGCCGUCUAUUGGCACCGUGAAAAUAAAAACAUAGCUCCACUGCUGCAGUGAUCGGGACUAAUAGAGAUCCUGAAAAAUAAAAUUUCAAAGGUAUUAUUGAAAUAUGUUAUUUUCUAUAUACAGUGCUAGUCAAAAGUCCGUACCCCCCUCGUAUCUUUUGAACGGUUACACUUAAAGGCCCCGUCUCACCAUCAAAUAAUUUGAUCAAACUUGACAGUUAGUGACGUCACAUCCUGAACAUCUGAUUCAAGGCAUAAUUCAAGGUCAGUUUGCUCAAACUCGACAAAUGACAAUCAGCUGUUAGACAUAACAUGAUGGAAUUUGAAUUUUUAGUAAAUAGAUUAAUAUUCAAACAAAUGAGAAGCGUUGAAAAGUCCUAUUUUAUGAACAAUAAUAUUAUUAUAUUACUGAUUCUGAUUACUACAACACCUAGAGUGACUCACAGCUUAAAUUCUGAAAUGAUGCAGUCGCUACUUGUGUCACUAGCUCAAUAUUGAUUAGAAAAUAAUUACAUACUGAUACUGAAAGUAAGUUACUAUACGUCUUCUAACAUAGCACAAGCUAUAUGUUUUGGGUUUUAAAUAUACCAUACUUAAAUACCUUGAAUUAUUUUAUGUAUGAUUUUGAUGUCAGCUAAAAUGAUAAAGCAAACUUUUAAAUAAGAAUGAGAAAAUAAACACAAGGCAGUGAACUAUGAUUGCUAAUAUUUUAUAGGUCCUUCUUUAUUAUCAGUUACAGUUGGGGUACUAUUUAUGUUAUUUUUUAAUGUCACAAAUUUUCAAUAACAUUCAAAUCUGGUGACUGGGCUGGUGUUUUAAUGACAUUUCAGCACUUAUAAAGCAACCAAAUAUGAACCCGAUAUAACAUAUAUGUUUUGAAAAUCCACAAGGAAGAACUUCCUGUAGUUGGCUGUAUACCAUUAAUUACAAGUGAAAUUUAAUAAAAAAUUUUCUUCUUGGUAAAUGGUAUAUUAGUUUAAAAAGCCCUAAAGGGCUACAAACAUGUGAACAAAACGUUUUCGCUCUGUAACAAGAGCAUCAUCAGUGUUACAAGAACAUGGUGAGCCAACCAAAAAAAAAAUACAAAGGUCAAAGCCUUUUAAAAAGGAGACAAAAGUCUUAUAUAAAUAACUACAUUUGAAAAAUCCAAAGGAUGGAUAGAAAUUCCUAAGGAUACGGCCCUAAAGCAACAUAUGACUCCCACACGUUGUAAGUGGGUCAAAAGGUAAUUAGGUCAUUAUGUUAUAUUGUUGCCUGCCACCUCUUAUAACCUAAUGACCUAAUUACCUUUUGACCCACUUACAACGUGUGUGAGUCAUAUGUUGCUUUACAGCCCUAUCCUUAGGAAUUUCUAUCCAUCCUUUGGAUUUUUCAAUGUAGUUAUUUAUAUAAGGCUUUUGUCUCCUUUUUAAAAGGCUUUGACCUUCUUAUUUUUUUGGUUGGCUCACCAUGUUCUUGUAACACUGAUGAUGCUCUUGUUACAGAGCGAAAACGUUUUGUUCACAUGUUUGUAGCCCUUUAGGGCUUUUUAAACUAAUAUACCUUUUACCAAGAAGAAAAUUUUUUAUUAAAUUUCACAUAUAUGUUUUGGAUCAAUGUCCUGAUAAAAUGGGUAAUUAUCAUCGAUACAUAAUUUUUGAGCACUAGCAGUGAGAUGAUGUGUUAGUAUAUCCAAAUAUAUGUAUUGGUUCAUAUUACUGUCAAUAAAAUGCAUGUUACAUACUCCUGCAGACAACAUACACCCCAACAUCAUCACUCCACCUCCUACUUACUUUCAUUUUUUUUAGUCUUAGUUCUUUAGUCUAUCGGACCCAAACAAGUUUAUUUUCAUCAGCAAAUAUUACUGAAUUCCAAAAGUUACAAUCUUUGUUAAUAUGCUCCCUAGUGAACACAAAUAAUGUAAUAUGCCCAUUUCUUUGGCUGAUAGAAGAUUUAUUUCUUGCAGUUCAUGUAGAUUAUUCUUUUGUAAUAUCCUAAAUAAUUAAAUUUAUUUCAAAGGUUUAUUAAUAUUUAAGUAUGGCAUACUUGAAACCCAAAACAGCUUAUGCUAUUUUAAAAGACUUAUACUAACUUACUUUCAGUAUGUAAUUUUUUUCUAAUACAUAUUGAGCAACUGACACAAGCUAGUUUUAUAGAGCUUUUCAUUCACAGUCAUUUGUUUCGAGCGUCUGUCAUAUGUUGAAUAAUCCCUGUAUAUUAAUAUUAUACAACAUAUGACAGAAGCUCGAAACAAAUGACAAUUGAUGAAAAGCCCUAUUGAGUAGUGACUGCAUCAUUUAAGCUGUGAGACACUGUAUAUCAGUGGUGGCUUCGCUACAUAUUAAAAUUAUUUUGUUGAUCUUUCCUUCCUUGAUUUCCUUCUUUGCUUUCUUUAGCGUGCAUACUAAACAAGUUAUUUAUGUACAGCAGCUUUUGUAGCCAAUGGUUACUCUUGUUUGUUUUUUAGAUUUUUUCUCAUCAGGACUUCUGAUUGCUUUUUGGUUUGUUACUUUCUACCUUCUACAAUUCAGAGACACGAGUUUGGGGCUUAUUAUUCGUCCAAGUGUUGGAAUGCUUGUGGGUUUUGAUAUAUAUGUACCAAAUACCUACUAGGUUUGGGUUGAAAGGCUAAGGAUUUGGUUGUGAUAAAUAUUGUGGGAUAAUUGAUUGCAUUUGUGUGGAUAAACCUGGCAUCUGUUGAUUUUGAUCUUGGUAGUCCAUCUUGAGCUGUGCCAUUAGCACUAGGAAAUAACUUUGUUGAUAUGACAUAUAUCAUUUACUUGAUAUCCAGUUUAAAAAUACAGCACACCAUUUUUAAAUCCCUUUUUAACAUCACUGCACUAGUAGUAGGAUUGUUUCUGGUUUGUUAGUCGAAAUAAAACACUUGUUUUAUUUUUAUUUAUUUUGGCCACUCAUAAUAUUAAUAAAACUAAUUAUAUUAAUUAUCAGUGUAAUAAUAAUUGUAAAUCUUCAAAUAUACAAUAAGGUUUAACUAAAAACGCACUAAAAUAAUUUACAUUUUAAACUUAUUCACAGCCGAAUGUUGCUAACUGCACCAAUAGCUAUUAAAAAAUCUGAAAUUCAAAUCUGAUAUAUUUGGAUCAUUUCUUCUUAUAUCUGCAAUAAGAAAUUGACCAUCUGCAUAAUAUAAUACAGCAAAAAGUAAUGGCCGUCAGUUCCUUUAUAAUUUCUAUAGUAUCCCUUCUGAGAGGUUGAAAGUUCACCAUGUUUCCAUCCAUAGCUUCUAGACAAUGUGAAAACUGCCAUUUGCUAUUAAAUUUAUUGCUAAUUUAGAAAAAUUAUAUGCAAUUGUCGUGGAAAAGCUUACCCUUUUUAAUGUGAGCCCUGUGCCUACAUAGCGUAAAGCAACAAUUAAUCUGUAAAGAACAAUAUUGUUUAAAUAUAAAUACAUACUGUUAAUUCAAUAUUUGAUUCGUACCUGUUCGCACUGUUGAUGCUUUCACUCAUAGAUGUAUUUUUUCCCAAUGUCUUCUUGUACACAAUUUAGUUUUUAUUAGGGCUUUCAUUUCAUGGAAAAAGUCUAGGUCUAGCCUACAUUCUUUCUUUUCUAUUUUUUCUGCCUGAUAUGCCCGAACAGUGGUAAUAGGUGCCCUACUUAGUACUUGACAACAAAGUAAAGUCACAACUCCCUUCAGCACUCCUCACUCCAGCCUUUUCAUUUCAUUUUCAAUUUUCAUUGUGGAUUAGAUUAAGUUCAAACAAGUUAGACAACUCUUAAUACAGAAAAUUUGAUCAAACUAGACUGAUCGUGAGAACACCGAUUUUUAGAAUUUCAACAAACUGCAAUUGUGACGUCACUUUGACGUACUUCCUCUCGUACGUCAAGUUUGCUCAAACUGUUUGAUCAAAUUAUUUGAUGGUGAGACGCGGCCUUUAUAAUAGUGAAAUUUGGAGGGAGGAAAUAAAUGGACGUAAGCUUCUUUACUAGUCAUGACAGGUGACGUAAUAGUGACAGAUGACUUUACAGCGCCACUGUGACAGAUAAUUCGCGAUGAAAAUCAAAGUAGCUGACCUCUGGUGGAAUAAAUGUAAACUACUAUAAGUGGUAUAAACAAACCAGAAAAUUGUUGAUUUGAAUGGAAUUUGGUCAAUAUUAAGAAAUUUUUAGUAAAUUUCAGCAUUAUGAGUACAUUAAAAUAUUUUUAAUCAAAUCGGUAUUGUUCUAUUCCUCAAUUGAAUGUUUGUUUAUACCAUUUAUAUCGGCCAUUUUCUUGCAUUCGACCUGCCCUCUAUAUUCCGUUUCAAUCGCGAAUUGUAAAUGGGACCUUAUGGCAAGUGAUACAUUGUUUGAAAGUUAUUGAAAAUACCUAUUCAGUCAUACUAAUUUUGUUUGAGUUUAAGAAAAUUUUGAUGAAUAAAUGAAAUAAAUAUAAAAUUGUAGUUUCGCAUUUAAUUAAUAAAAAUUCUAAAUUCCGCCUAUGAUUACUUGUCAAAAAGGUUGACGUCGUAAAAACUACUAGAGAAUUGAAAAACGUCAACUUUUUUGACAAAAAAACCAUAGGCGGACAUUUGAAUUUUUAUUAGUUAAAUGCGAAACUACAAUAUAUUUAUUUAAUUUAUUCACCAAAAUCAAAAUGAACUUAAACCCAAAAAAAUUAGUAUGACUGAAUAUGCAUUUUGAAUACCUUUCAAACGAGGUAUCACUUGCCAUAAGGUCCCAUUUAAAAUUAUCGGUCACAGUGGCUCUCUACCGUCAUCUGUCACUAUUAUGUCACCUGCCAUGACUAGUUAAGAAGCUUACGUUCGUUUAUUUCGUCCCUCAAAAUUUCACUAUUAUAGGUAUAAUAACCGUUCAAAAGGUAAGAGGGAGGGGUACGGACUUUUGACUAGCACUGUAUACAAUCAACUAUGGGUUUUAUGAUCGGAUAAAAAAAUGCCAAUUUGGCGGUUUUUGAAACUGAAAAUGUUUUAGCUAAUUUUAAAAAAAAAUUUCAACACUUCGUCAUUUUUCCAAAUUUUAAUAUUUUUCAAAAAUCCUAGUGGAUUUGAAAUCUUAUGUAUCUCUAUUAGUCCUAAUCACUGCAGCAGUGGGGCUAUGUUUUUAUUUUCACGGUGCCAGUAGAUGGCGCAUAAAUCGUUUAAUUUUCAAUAUUUUUUUAUGGAAAUUGUUUUACAUGUUCUUUAUUGUUCUUUUUGUAAUAAAAGCUCACGCAAAUUUUCAAAACAAUUGGUACAGUACUUUUUAUUUUAGAAAUUCCCAAAUAAAAGUAUAUGAACUUUUAUACUUUUACACUACGAUAGCCCCUUAAGGGUAAAGGGCACCCAAAGUCCAAAAAUUGAAUUUUUUAAGUUUUUUUGGGUUAUGAUUGAAAAUUAUUCUCUGAAAUCUUCUUUUUCCAACGAUAUAUAACACAUAGUAUAAAAUAUCCAGGGUUACAAAAUUAUUUGUUUUUUGAACGGCUGCACUCAACUUACCGUGUACCGGUAGCUUUAUAGCGUAUUAGAGUGUUUUAUGUUUUUGCGAUUUCCCGAAUACUGGGUUUUUAAUUUUUGAUGUCAAAUAUCUCUGGAUUAGAAGAUAGAAGGUUCAAAUUUUUACAGUAGUUGUAGAUAGACAAUAUCAAGUGUCGCGUAAAGUUUUAUUGAAAAAUAUACAAAAACAAGUAAAAUAAAAAAUAAAAUCUAAACUUUUUUGGUUUUUUUUUUGUAAGAGUAUUUUAAAAAUGUUUACAAUAAAUGUUUCUUUCACUCUAACUUUACAAAAAUCUAUGCGGCACUAAAAAUAUAUUUAAUUUCAAAAUAACACAAAAAUUAGGUCUCUAAGUGCUUUGGUUACAGAGCUAUGUGACAUAAUGUUAACAUUGUCGUUAAAUGGGACUUCGGGUGCCCCUAAAUGGUUUAAAUUUUUCCCAUAACCUUUUGGUACAUUUAUGAUUUAUGCCAUUUCCAAAGGAUUUUUGGAGCUGUUUUAUAUAUUUGGAUAAAUUUUAAUUAAAAAACAGGUCAAUUAGUUUUUGGAUAAUCUUCACAUAGUUAAGUAUUUGUUUGUAUAUGUAGGUCGUAGGAUACCUGGUUUCUUUUCUGCACAAAUUCUUAUGAAGGCUUUUUGUGUGUCUUUUAUAUGAGACUCUUGUUCAACAGUUGUUGCCUUGUAAAUUUUUCUUUUUGUAAUUCCGUCUACAUCUCAUAAUACUUACCAAAGAUAACUCUCAAAAUAAUUUUAUAUUUUAUGCUAAUUAUAUUAUUUUGUAUUCCUUUAUUAUUUCAUCGUGCCGUUUGUGGCUUAUUUUAGACUAAAUAUAAAUAAGAAAUUUAAUACAUAUUUGUAAAUGUUGUUUCAUAAUAAAUAAAUAAAAAAGUGUUUCAAAUUA